AUGGAGGGCGAUGAGGUUAUCGGCGCACCAAAGCAUCCCGACUGGCUGCAAAUGGUGCGCAUUAAGGAAGGGGAGGUUCCCCGCGUGAUCGCCUACGUUUCGACUAGGUUAUCCCGCUAUCGUCCCGCUAUAUUGGAGCACGAUCUCCAGGGUCUGUCAGAUCAUGUCCUGAUCUGCACAGAUCUUGAUAUCGGUCCCGAACCGCCCGGAUCUGGGCAACAGACAAUUAAACCCGGAAGCGAGGCUGAGAAGUCUUUCAUUUUGGAUAUUCUCCGGGAUCUUGCGGCUAUUCCCGUCGCAGCCCCGGCAACCAAGGAAGGUGUUGAAGCUUUAGCUGAUGCUAUCGCGACAGCGUUCUCGGACGCAUGGCUUGCCCAUUCGACUGAGUCCAAACCUACCAAGCACUCCAAGUCCUGGUGGACGGACGAGUGUUCGGAGACAUUCGGAGUAUAUCAGCUGAGCUGUUCGCUCGCUGACUACAACAAGUUUAAGAAGGCGUGCAGAGACGCCAAGCGUGAUUUCUUUGAUGAACGCAUCGCAGAAAUCGCUACCUCUCACAAGCGCCCGGUAAAAGAGUUGCUCAAGGACAAACACGUCCUUGCGCUCUUCAUCGUGUUGGCUAAUGCAUGCCUUAGGGUGGGUCAUUGGCCUCGUAUAUUCAAGGAGUCGCUAUCGGUUAUCGUUCCGAAACCGAAUAAGCCCUCUUACGCCGUUCCGAAGGCCUUCAGGCCGAUCGUACUCCUCAUCACUUUCGAGCCAGAGGUCAACCAAGGAUGCUGGAUUGAUUCUGACUCAUCUCGUGCGAGCGGGUUUUUCCCUUCUAUCAACCAUGAGAUGUUCAUGGCCGUACUUCGCAAGCAAGGGUUCUCGCCGGUUCUGGUGGAGUUCUUUGCCUCUUAUCUCGUUGGUCGUUCCACAGUUUAUUGUUGGAACACCUUCCAAUCCGACUCGCGGUCUGCGGAUGUGGGUGUCGGGCAGGGCUCUGCUCUCUCGCCUGUUAUCUCUGGGCUGUUCAUUGCUCCGCCCAAGGCCUUUUGGAGGUAUUUGGGCUUCUACUUUGACCGCGGGCUCACGUUUCAGGAGCACGUUCGCUACUAUGCCACCAAGGCGUUUACCACCGUGCAGGCCAUGCGCAUGCUCGGGAACUCUACUAGAGGUCUCUCGCCUAAACAGCGCCGCCUCUUAUAUCGGUCGUGUGUGGUCCCCAUUGCCACAUAUGCAGGUCUCAUACCUGUCCACCUUAUGCUGAAGAAGCUGGCAACGCGUGCAGUGUAUCGCGUAGCCACCCUCUCAGACACUCACCCUCUUCGCUCCAUGAUGGGCGAGGGACUCCUCAAGCGAGCCGUACCACAUGCUCGCUCCGCUGCAUUGAUGACCCCAGCUAUGCGAGGGAAAGUCAAGAGCACUGUCAUGGAGGUGGACGAGCGUGUCCACACCUUAACUGAGAGCUUCGAACCUUUUGCACCCAAAGCUCGCCCAGGUGAUCGGUUACUGGACCGCUAUGCGGACCAUCUCCACUUUGACGAGCGUGACCCUGGUCAGGAUAGGCGCCCAUAUCUAGACGAGCUCAUCGUGAGAGCGAGGGCUGACCCACUAACAGUGCUGGCUGCGACCAACGGCUCUGUCCCUCAGUCCAACCAGUAUCAGGCGGCUUCGGCUGCCAUCAUCUACAAGGGACAUCGCGAGCUCGAGAGGACUCGCUAUGUCUCUGGCAGAGUCACCGCCCCAGAUGCGGAACUCAAUGCCAUCUCGUGCGCAGUGCGCCUUGCUGUCAAGCAGGCAAACUGCCAACAUAUUAUGGUCUUUACUGACUCUAUGGGCUCAGCCCAUAGAGCGGUUGACCCCGGCGUGCAUUCUGGUCAGGCUUUCAGCCUGUCAGUUUGUCGCGUUCUUCAAGAGUGGUUUGAGGCAGACGAUCUCCGCCACAUUACCUUUGUUUACGUCCCAUCCGCCCUGCGGUGGGAUAUCCAUGGUGAAGCACACAAGUACGUCACCGAGCUCAAAGUCAGGGUUGGACGUCGCAAGACGGACAACUCUAUAGACACGCUCCACUCCAAAGCCACACACUCAGUCCUGGAUUCGUGGAGUUCCACUUUCCAGCAUCCAACCUACCGAGGCUCUGAGUUUUUAGAGCUUCAACAGCCUGACGGGCAGCCGCUACAGCCAUCGUACCUCAAUGGGGGACCUUGGCUUUCAACCUUCGGACACAGUAUUACUGAGUUUGCUCACGUUUGCCAGUGUAUGACUGGCCAUGUGCCCAUUGGAGCGUAUUACCGUCGUUUCAAGAUCAAUGAGCCUCACGGCUGCACUUGCAGGGCUGCUUUGCAGUCUCGCCAGCAUAUCCUCUUUCGCUGUCGCGAUAGAUAUUCUGUACAUUAUCCCCGUUUUCUCGGGGAUAUUGCAUCUUUUAUGAAGUACAACCCUACAGCGUUUGGCUUCAACCGAGACCCCUCGGGUGUCGGAUAA